AAUUCUCCUCUUAGGACUACUCAUUUUGACUGGCAAUAAAGUAUUGAGCAAGCGAUAGUUGGAUCAAACUGUUUGGAUGUACCAAGAAAACUCUCGUAUCGAUGUGAGACGCCAAAAUCGAUCGUUCAAGUAGUCGUGGCAAGCGGGGUUGGGUUGGAACCGUAAUGCUGGGAUACCUAGAUCAAUGACGUACAAGAUCCGACGAUGAUCCCCGGUAUUGGGCCGGAUAGAAGGAGUAUGUGUUGGCAGAGAGACGUUGUAUAAAUAGCCAGUUCUUCGUAUAACCACGAUCAAUAACUGUUGAAGAAAGAGUGUUGUAAAGAGAAAUAACGAUUGUAGGUUGAGUACCCGCGGAGGAGACAGAUGGAUGGAUCGUCAUGGGGGGUUAUAUAUGGCGAUAAGCUAUCGGGGCUGGUCAUGUGCCGCUUUUGUUGCCUGUUAUAUCAGGCACCACUAGAAAGCUGUCAAGUGAUCGGUGAGCUAAUUCGUUGAUAGUUUAGCUGUACCUGAACAUCAUGUCAUCGUCUUCUGACAACUGAAAGUUUGCACAUGACAGUUCAUAUCUAGAGAUCAAUGGCCUUCAUAUCUUAUAACUCUAAAUCUUGACAAACUCACCAUGGACUCUCCAUCGCCCUCCGACAGCUCACGACGCGAUUCCCCACAACCAGCGCUAUCAUCACCAGCCCUAGCACAACGACCCAAACCGACGGGAAGAAGCGACUCCAGUGCAGCUGGGAAUACCGCCAUUCCGGAUGAAGAUCAUGGAGUUGAUAUUCCGCUGACUAUGUCGGCUUCGGUCGUCUUGACUGGAUUGCCGCACGAUACACAUCGGGCAUUGGCUGAUGCAGAGGCUAUAGAUGUAGGCAAAGUCACCGUCCGAUUCCAACCUCUCCCCUCAGCGCCCAUCUUGAGAAAGACAGUCUUCAAGAUCUCUGCAUCCCAAAAGUUUGAAACUGUGGUCAACUUUCUAAGGAAGAAGCUGGAUUGUAAAGACACUGAUACCGUCUUUUGUUACAUCAACAGCGUCUUUGCGCCAUCGCUUGACGAAGGCAUUGGAGGUUUGCACAGGUGCUUCAAGAACGAAACGGAUGACCAGUUAUGGGUCCAAUACUCCAUGACCCCGUUCUUUGGUUGAGUGAUCCGAAUUGAUUUUCAACGAUUCUUCUGAUUUCCUACUUCAUGAAGAUAGUGGGUAAAAUAUAUACAUAGUCCAUCAAAGUGAUGGACAAACUAAGCUGCGUGCAUCGCACAGACAUGAAACGCACGGAAAGUCCUCUGCGUACGGAUCUCCUGCUGACAAAGAAACGACGUAUCAAGCGAAUGGAAUAGUCGGUCGUUGACUUUCGAAUAAAGGACUUCUGAGCCGCCUUUUCAACCGUGGACCAAGACGCCGUAGCCGAGAUUGCGACUGAGGGGACGCUAUUGCAAGUAUGAAACGAUCAAAGGACCAGCCGUCGAUGAUUCAUCUUAAAAAAGCCGGCUGAGAAAAGGGACGCGGUAAUAAAAUGUCCGGAAAAUAUGCAUCACGAAAACGCCAACGCCGGAAAAAUGCACGGAAUAAUUUCACAGCCACAAACCCAUCUCAUCGGAAGGGGUCUAUCUCAGUUCUAUCGAAGAAACAAAGACCGGAUGUCAGUGAUCCGCGUUGAGGAUGCCCUCGGGCCGACUAACGGAACAACCGCAGGAAAGGAGAAAAAAAAAAGGAAGAAACUCACUUUGCGAUAUUGUUCGAAUGCCCUCUGCAUAUCGUCCAAACUGGUCUUGUCGCCAUAAGCGUCCAUCAAUUGCGCAUUUCGUCGUAGACGUUCUUCUUCGAGCAUGGAUUCUCGUUGAAUGUGUUGUUGCGCAUUCCGCAAUGCGGUAAUACCAUAGCCGAUUCCCAAUACAGCGAUAAUCGGAAGACCUCUUUGGUUUGAAUUAGAUGGACGUACAUGGCAGAACAUUGUGAUCAUAUACUUGUAAGAGAGGAAACGUACAUUUUUGUCAUGCGGCCAAGUCUGAUAAUAUGUCUGGGUGAUGGGCUACCGCCGUUCCCUAGGGGUGCUUGUCCGUUCGGGGAGGCAAAUUGGUCCAUGUAUGUAUAAUGCUGUAGUAGUUUGUUGAGAAGUAUAUUGGCAAG